UUAACUUUUAACAUAAAUAUUAUGUCAAAACAAUAUUUUUAUCAGAACUUUUUCUAUUUUUCGUGCAGUGACUGUUAAUGGUUUUAAGAAUUUUGUACAUUAAUUCAUAUCUAAUUCGAACUUACGAAUUAUUAGUGCUGCUGCGCGUUUGUUAGUCCCUGACCGGAUACAAAUCACAAUUUACCGUUACCCGUCCGUAUUCGGAAGAUCAUCGAACAUCGCCCUUUAUAUCCAGUUUCCUUAACCCAAUUUUAAUAAGUGACCGAUAUAUAUAUUCUCUGUAAAAGUACUUGAAGCUUAGAAUAUAUACAGAAAAACAAUACCCAUUUACGAGCCACUUGCGAGGCAUCCUCAAGUCACAGUUUGCAGUAGAUCCAAUUACCCUUGCAAAAUAAUGCAGGCACAUACAUACAUAUCUACACAAUUAUAAGCUAUGUGUGCAUGUCUAUUCACAGAUAUUUAUCGCACCUUCAAGUGAAGCUUAAAAGCGUCUCUCAACGUAUUAUUGAAGUUAGUCUUCCUCGCGUUUAAAUCGCAUAAGCAUUAAAAUUCGGCUGAUCGGCUCAUUCCGGCUUAUUUCCAUUUACACAUAUUCCGCAUUGCAUAUCAGUGAUAAAAUGUCUAAAUUGUUAUUGUAUUACGACGAUGUCAGCCCUCCGGUACGCAGUUGUAUGAUGCUGAUCAAAAUAUUGGAGUUAGAUGUGGAGUAUAAAUAUGUAGAUUUGUUCAAGGGUGGCCAAUUAGAAAAAUCAUUCUUAGAGCUGAAUCCGAAUCACACAGUGCCCACUUUGGUUCAUGAUAAUCUGGUUAUAACCGAUAGCCAUAUUAUACUUACGCACCUUUGUGAGAAAUUCGAGAAGGAUAGUAAAGACGAAAAAUUAUGGCCCCUAAAUUAUGAGGAGCGUAUACGAGUGUGGAAUAUGCUCUUUUUCGAGUGCUCGGUGCUCUUUCGUAGAGAUAGUGAGUUUUUGUCCGGUAUAGUGCGCGGUGGUUUCGCAAGUGUCGAUUUAACUUUGCACGAACGCAAAUUGUUGGAGGCGUACAAUAUGAUGGAGUCAUAUUUACGACGGCACAAAUAUAUGGCGGGUGAUCAUAUGACAAUUGCCGAUAUCUCCAUCGUGACCACAUUGAGUACGGUGAAUCUAAUGUUUCCGAUUGCUGCUGGCGCCGCAGAUAGAUGGCCUCUAUUGAACGAUUGGUUUGGGCGCAUGCAAGCAUUGCCGGUAUAUCACAUUAAUCAGACUGGACUGGAAAAACUUUGUGUUGUCAUCGAACGAUUUGGUAAAUUUAAAUUUCCAAAUAGCGUAAAUGUGGCGCCCGAGGUGAAACUGCCGCGAGAAGAAGUCACUAGUGACGAGGCAAACGCCGAGAGCCAAGAAAAAGCUGCUGAAAAGUAUGAAAAUUGCGUGAAAUUUUUAAUAAAAAAUUACAAUUGUUCCCCAAAAAUGUUUGCCAAUAAUAAUAAUUAUAAUGUGCGUCCAAUUUUGUAUUACGACGACAUAAAUCCACAUUCGCGUGCCGUUUUAAUGAUUUUGAAUAUGUUGGAUGUCGACAUUGAGCUGCGUGCCGUCGAGAUGAUCAAAGGUGAACAUUUAAAACCUGCCUAUGCAAAAAUCAAUCCAGCACACACCGUACCCACCAUGGUGCACAAGGACCUCAUCAUCACCGGCAAUGCGAUAUUCUCUUAUGUUUGUGAGAAUAAUGACAACGAAAAGGCAAAUCAGUUGAUUGCUUUGAAAUGUUACAAACGACAUUGUUGCGUGUUGUCUCGACUCUUCUUCGAGAGUCAAGUAUUGCAUCGCAUACAUGGACAUUUGAUGACAGAUUUAGUGCGAAAAACCAUUUACCAAACAGAUGUGGAUUAUCAUCAAAGAAAGGUGGAGCAUGCUUAUGAUAUAAUGGAGGUGUAUCUGAAUGAUGGCCAGUUCAUGGCGGGAUCUGUGUUAACUGCAGCUGACAUUUCAUUUGUCGCUUGUCUUGGUGCCUUGGACAUGAUGUUUCCAAUAGAUGGCGAUCGUAAAAGAUGGGAGAAAUUAAAUGAUUGGUAUAGGCGCAUGCGCUCAUUAUCAAUACAGAAAAUUAAUGAAUUUGGCAUUGAGAAGCAACGACAAAUUGUCGAAUAUUUUGCAAAAUUUCAAUUCAAGUCAGAUAUAAAACGUUUUACCACCGGACUACGCGAAUCUCAAAUACCAGGCUUUCCAUCACGCCCUGAUCGUUGUAGCGUUAGCAUACAAACAGUUAGUGGACCAGAACCCACACUUGAUAUUUUGAGCACAAAAAAUAAUAUUGGUAAAAUAACGUAUUUAGAAGAUCAACCUUCAUUGACGGUUACUGGCGAGAGAAAUGUAACAAUGCAACCAAAUACGCUGAAAGAAGGAGUAGCUCCAGAAAUUGUUAAUGAAAUCAAUAAAAUUGCCAAAACGAAAAUCAACCAAAUAUUUAAUGAAGAGCUUGAGAGGGAGCUAGCACGAUUUUCGGAGCACAAUUUUCUACCUCCGCCAAUAAUUGAGGAACCAAAUCCGUUGGAAACACCCGUUCCUAUUUUGAAUGAUAUUGAAAAGUCUGUUGCUUUUUCUGAAACACCAAAAGAUGAGAAACCCAUUGCCACAGAUAGAAGCUUAGGUGGUGCACACAAGGAGAGACCACCAGUGCCACCCAAGCGUAAACGAUAUUUGCUAUCGAAGGUAGAAAAUUCACACGAAUUAAAUACUACAGCUAAAAAUAUACAAAAACCCGAUGAAUGUCCGUUGAUGGCAGAUAAACAAGAAAGUGUGUUCUACGAAUACGUCAAUGCUACUUCAACACCAAAUAAUUACAUGGCCCAGAGACAGGCACACAAGUUAAAUCGCUUAAAUGGUGGUGUUGAGUCAACAAUGCUUCUAGAAAAAAUUAAAGAAAAUGAAAUUAGAUUACAACCGCCUACAGUCAACCCAUUGGUAUCAACUAAUAAUUCGAUGGAGACCAAUAAAGUGUCACCGAAAACUUCGGAAACCAUAAAAAUCGCGAAAAUAAUAAAUGAUCCGAAUUCUACCGAGUCCAAUAUUGGAAACCUGCCUGAAGCUUCACCAUUAAUAGCAGCUAUUAAUUCGAGGGAGAGCAAUAAGGCGUCGCAGAAAACCACAAAACCCAACAGUCGAGCAGAAAUUCACGCCACCACGAAAGUGAAACCAACAGAAACUCUACUACCAGAGGGUUUACCGAUUAAUGGUCAACAAGCAGCUCUAAGUUAUACUCCUGGUAUCGUCGCACCCAAUUUACUGUUGCCUGCACCACCGCCAUCACCAGAAAAUUACUCACAAGAUGAAGAAUUUCCACCACCACCAUCUGAAUUAUUAAUACCAAAGUUGAAUACGCGAGCAAAGACGACACCAACUACAAGGUUACCAAAUAUCAAAGCAGCGGUUGAAUCAAAUGAACGGUUGGGCAUGAAAAAAACUAGUGGGAAGCCUAAAACCGACGUUGCUGUCGAAAGCAUAGCGAAGCUUGUACGUAAGAAAUCAUGUGAUUUAAAGUCAUUAACAGGAAGAAAACCUCACGCACAACAAUCUAAAGUUUGCAAACUCGCACAGAAAUUGAAUAACGGCGGAUUAUUUGCAAGUGGCACGCGAUCGCCUUGUUCUAAUCGUUCUCAAGGGUCUAUUGUUCGAGAUCGUUGUAAAAAAGUGCUAAAUACGUUAAAUGUUUCAAAGCCCAUACAAAAUUUAACAGCACAAACAAAGGUUUCCCCAAAUGUUAAACGUCUAGAUAAAAAAGUUCAAAAAUUGAAAAGCGAUUCAGUGGGAACGAUAGUCGAAAGUUCUGACUCAUCGGCAAAUAUAAUACAAAAACUGAUCGGUCACACAUCUAAAUUUAGUGCAACAAAGGAAUUAAAAGCCUACAGUACAGAAAAUCAGCAAAGAGUUGAAGGAGGUGGACAGCCAGCGCUUGAAGGCCACGACUCUGCAUUACAGCAGUCAACAAUUAUCGUAGGGAAAUCGAAAACAAUGAUGAAAAUGAUAGAUGAGAAUAAUUGUGAGGAGCGCUGGCACCAACAGAACUCUCCAAAGUCACCCAAACCAAGACCAAAAACUCCAUCGAAUCUUGCUAACAAGGAAAUGAAGUCAGCAAACCAAAAUUUCGUAGCGAGAAAUAAAGAGAAAACAUAUCCAACUCAGGCACGAUUUCAAACUAAAAAUUUAAAAUUUGUGGGUAGUUCUCAGCGAACAAAGUUCUUUGAUACUAGUCCAUCUAAACCUGGUCAGAGUCUCAAUAAGCAACCGCCCAAAGUAGUAGCAGAGAAGAAACACACAAUUAAAAAUAAAAAGAAAAGAGGUACGAAAGCGCACAGCGGUAACAUAGGCAACAAAACACCACCUCCCUUGAACGAAGCUUUGCCCACUUCAACGCCAUUACUAGGCAAAAAUGCAACCCAGCAGUUUGCGCUCGAACAAGCGACACCACCAUCCGCAGUAGGUACUGUUAGUAGCACAUUGAAAACGCUAACUGAAACUAUUCAUAUCUCCCCAAAACUUACAUCACCGCCAACUAGUAAUUCGAAUGACACCAUUGUCGCAGAUGUGCCGGUAAAAGUAGGCUUGGUGGCUAAGGCACUACAAACACUGAACGUUGCAAACUCAAAUUUUCGACCUCCGAUCAAUGAUUUAAAUAAAGAACUAACUCCAUGGACUCCGCCACUUCCUCCACCACCGCCGCCAAAUCCUCGGCAAUUAGCUACAACUUCACCACCAUCAUUGCCGGUUAAAGAUAUUCUACCACAGGCUGGUACGAUAGCAAAGGCACUACAGUCUUUGAGCGCAGUUACUUCGGAAGCAAAUCCGUUAUGCGGCUCAGUUAAACCAUUUCGGAAAGCUGAUUUGAAGAUGAAAUUUGUGGAAUCAGCAAGAUCGUCAGAAGUAACAGAUAAAGGUUUAAACAAAAAUGUUACUAGUAAUGCCGAAGAAAAAAUUGAGGCGAGACCUUUGGCCGAAAUACUUACUGCAACAGUAAAGCAAACGAAAAAAGAAAGUUUCGAUGAUACUAAAUCAACUACACUGUCCGAGGGAAUUAAGGAAAUGUUAUUAAAAAUGAAAACUCUGCCAGAUAAGGAUGUUAUGCCAGCUGUUAUAGUAAAUAGCAUGACUGAAAGUAUAAAACCUUUUCAAAGCGUACUCAUAACACCUUCAACGAGCGUUAUUACUGGUCUUAGGAAUUCAACAGAUAAAAUAAUUGCAGACUCUGAGUCAAACAAUCCCCUAUUGACAGCGCAGCAUUUGUCGAAUAUGGAAAAUUUAUCCGAAUCCGUAGUACCGCCGAUCAUAUGUGAACCCGCAGAACUAUUGAUACCAUCCAAGAAAGUAUCAAUUUCAGAGUCAUACGAUAUGGCAAAACCUUACCCCUCAUUGGCUGCUCGCACCGAUGCUAGCCGUUUAUCUGCAAGUGAAGUUAAAUCAUCCAAAGAAGAAAAAAAUAAGCUUGAAGCGUCCAAAAGCAAACGUUAUGUUAUAGACAGAACCAUGAUAAAUGACGGUAUUGUAGAUAUGGAACCUACACCCCUACCGGGACAGCCGAAUAUUAUUAUCACUGGUUAUACGCGUAUGGAACCGAAAAACGUCGCCCCUUUGUUUGUUGGCGCAAGUCGCCCACAAGGUAAUAUGAUAGCACCCACACUACGACGACCCACAAACGGUCCACGUACUCAUGGGCCCUCAGCAAAUGUGGUGAUUUCCACUUUUGGCUACACACCGAUGUCUGAUUUAGAUAGCAUUCCGGAACAUCUCAUACAUAUGAUUAAUAAGCCGAUAUAUAAUGAACAGCAAACAGCACUUCCUCCACCAGUUUUGAGUACAGAAACUGCGCAGGUAACAACAGUUGAAGAAGAGCGUGCGCUUGCUCCACGUCAUAAAGGCGAUAGACCGUAUCCGACAGCACAUAGAAGUAGCAGCCAGCGCAGAACUGAGCAAAGUAUUAAUAUUAGAGGGCGAGUUAUGUGAUCGAAUAUUGCCAGCUUUCAAAAUCAUUACUAACGGUAACUAGUUUGUGGGUUAGUGAAAUAUAUGAGAAGACUUUUUAUAUAAGAAAUUAGUAUUUAGGUUUGUUUUAUUUCUUGUCGUUUAGGAUAUAUACUAAAUUCAACCAUAGCUACUGUAAUAUUUUAAUGUAAUAAUUGUGCAAUAAAACUGCUAAAAAUAAAGUAAUCAA